UCCCCGCAGCACGCGCGCGCGCUCAGCUCGCUCCACACACCUGUCCGAGCAACAUCAAGGUGCAAGCCGCAAAUGACUGUCGCUAAUUAACCCGUUCGGGCCGCAGUCACCCAAAUAAUUGGCGUGGAGGAAGCGUACGAAGGGGGCGGGUGCCGCCAAUUAAGCGCAGCUGUCCGCCACGCGUAACAUUAAUUCGCGAUAAAUUGCGCAAACAAAAAGUUCCGAAAUAAAAGUGGUCUCGAUGCACCUGCGGGCCCGUGGCGCGACAUGAUCAUGCUAUUCAAGGGCAACAGCAGCAGGUUGGAGCACCUCAUAGAGAAGAUUCAAGCUAAUAAGGAGAAUCACGACGUCACCCCGGACGAAAUAAAAGAGGCGCUGGGCAGCGCGGGCAGCACGGCGGGCAGCUCGUGGCCGCCCAGCACGCCGUCGCGAUCGCCCACCAGCACGCCCACGGACGAGCCGGCCGAUGACGCCUACACGCUGGGCGCGACCGACCACACGCCCUACCAGUGCCAGUUCUGCGACAAGGCGUUCCCGAGGCUGUCGUACUUGAAGAAGCAUGAGCAGACGCACUCGGACCAGAUGCCGUUCCGCUGUUCGUUCUGCUCGCGCCUGUUCAAGCACAAGCGCUCGCGCGACCGGCACGUGAAGCUGCACACCGGCGACCGCAAGUACCGCUGCGCGCACUGCGAGGCCGCCUUCUCACGCAGCGACCACCUAAAGAUCCACAUGAAGACGCACGACAACCAGAAGCCGUUCCAGUGCACGGUGUGCAACCGCGGCUACAACACGGCGGCGGCGCUGACGUCGCACAUGCAGGGGCACAAGGGGCCCGAGCGCCGCCGCCUGCGCUGCCUGCGCUGCCCUGACGCCUUCCGCCGACCGGAUCUGCUGCAGGCGCACAUGCUGGCAGCGCACGGGGCCGACGCGCCGCCUACACCGCCGCGGCGCGUCUCCUCCCAGCCGCCGGCGGCGCUGCUGGCCUGCAUGUACUGCACGCGAGACACCUUCACCUCCAUGGACCAGCUGCAGCUCCACGUGCGAGCCGUGCACGCCGCACUGCUGAACGGAGACGCUGAACUACCCACGGAUCUCAGCCGACGGGCAGUAGAAGAGGCAACACCGCCGAAGCGCCCAAGAACAGAAUCUGGAGCCGGGACGCCAGCUGCGCUGUCGCCGAGCACUUUGCUGUGUAAUCAAUGCGAUGCUGCUCUACCCGACUUUGAAGCUUUCCGUGUGCAUUUAAAAGGGCAUCUCGAGGAGGGUGGCGUUGAGUCACGUGGGUCGCCGGCGCCGUGCCCGCACUGCGGCGCCACAUUCGCGGAGGCGGCGGCGGCGGAGCGGCACCUCGCGGCGCACUACCUAGCGGCCUCGGUGGAAUACUCGUGCCACGCGUGCGCUCGCGCCUUCCCCUCGCCCGACGACCUGCAGCGGCACCUGCUGGACCUGCACGCCGCACAUCUCUACCGCUGCGAGCUCUGCAAGGAGGUCUUCGACUCUAAAGUCGCUAUUCAGGUGCACUUCGCGGUGGCGCACAGCGGCGAGAGCAAGGUGUGGGUGUGCCGCGCGUGCACGCCGGCCCCCCCCCUGCACUCCGCGGCGGCGGGCGCAGCACACGUGCGCGCGCAGCACGCGGCCCGGCGCUGCGCGUGCGGCGCCGUGCUGGCCGGCGAGCGGGCCCUGCGGGAACACGCCGCCGCGCACGCCGCCUACCGCUGCCCCGCGCCCGCCUGCCUCGAGGCCUUCUCCGUGCAGUACCUGCUGGAGAGACAUAUGCAGGCCGCGCACGCCGAGCCGCUGCCCCAAAACGGCGACGCGCGCAAGCCCUCCAACAACAACAACACGGGCUCCGGCGAGGAGUGCUUACCGUGCGGCGCGCCCGAGGAGCGGCGGCGCAAGAACGGGGCGGUAGCACUGACGUGCGCCUACUGCGGGGAGCGCGCGCGCACGCGGCCCGAGCUCGAGGCGCACACGCGCACGCACGCGGGCACUGCGCCCGCGAGACACAAGUGCCUCAUCUGCGACGAGGUGCUGCCCUCCGCCGCCGUGCUGGCCGAGCACAAGCUCACGCACUGCAAGGUGAUAGCGGGCGACACGUGCGCCCGGUGCCGCGCGCGGCUGACGUCCGAGGAGUCGUUCCUGUCGCACAUGGCGCGGCACCACCCGGCCCUGCCCGCGCCCUGCGUGGUGUGCCGGCAGACGCUGGCCAGCGAGGCGGAGGCGCGGCUGCACGCGCGCUUCCACCUGCGCGGGGCCGACCAGCGGCGGUGCGCGCUGUGCGGGGCCGCGGCGGGGGGCGCGGGGGGCGCGGGGGACGCGCGCGUGUGCGACGCGUGCUACAGCCGCCACGCCGCCCCCCCCGCCGCGCCCGCCGCCGCCCCCGCGCCGCACGACUGCCGCCUGUGCCGCCGCUCCCUGCCCUCCCCCGCCCGCCUGCAGGCGCACCUCAUCGAGCACACGUUCGCGGGCUGCGGCGCCUUCACGUGCUACCUGUGCUCGGCCGUGUUCACGCACGCGGCGGGGCUGCAGCGGCACCUGCCCGAGCACGCCGCCGCGCCGCGCCCCUACGACUGCUCGCGCUGCGACCUCAAGUUCUUCUUCCGCGCCGAGCUCGACAACCACGCCUUCGUGCACCUCGAGGAGGCGGAGGUGGCGCAGAGGGCCUUCUACGAGGCGUACGCGCGGGGCGCGGCCUGGGCGCUAGGCGCGGGGGGCGCGGGGGUCGCGGGGGAGCCCGAGCCCGCGCCGCCCGUCAAGAGCGAGCCCGAGGUCAAGGAGGAGCGCAACACGGACGAGUACAUCGAGGUGUCGUCGCCUCCCCCCGCGCCCGCCCCGCCCUCCCCGCCGCCCAGCAUCAAGCAGGAGCGCGCGGAGGACUGAGCCGCCCUGCACUAGCUAACACUAUCGUCCGACAAGCGGGAAUCCCGCGAUGCAAUACUAGAUUACGUCCCAGCAAUUCGAAUAUACAUUUAGUUAAUUACUUUACAUCAUAUCGUUAAAGUUUUGCGUUUAGAACGCUAUAUUUUCUGUAUAGAUCGUAUCGUUUAUGUUGGUGUUUAGGAAUAGUAUGUUUUAUAUAACAUUGAUACGCGUAUAUGUAUAAAAUUGUUAAGUUAAUAAAUUAUGAAGCUUCUCUAA